AUGGAUCAUUUCUAAUCAUUUGAAAACAAUAAUUUACCUGAAGGCAACCCAAUAACAUUAGAAUAAAAUAAAAUUGAACUUGAAUAAUUAAGUAAAUCUACUAGAAGAGCAUGGACAUAACAAGAGGAUGAAGAAUUGAGACAAGCAAUAAGAUUUCACGGCACUAACUGGUUGGUCGUUGCAUCAGCUUUAAAAAAUAGAAAUCCUUCUCAAUGUGCUUAAAGAUGGAAAAGAAUAAAACCAAAUAACGUAUAAUUUAUAAUAUUACACCAGGCAUUUAGUAAAAGAUAACCAUGGACACAAAAAGAAGAUCAUUUAUUGUUAAAAUUAGUAGAAUUACAUAACAAAAACUGGGUUUAAAUUGCCAAAAAGAUACCAAACAGAACAAGUAAACAAGUGAGAGAAAGAUUUAUAAACAAGUUAAAUCCAGAAAUCAAUCAAGAACCAUUCUCAGUUGCUGAAGACAAGUUAAUUAUAGAUGGCUUCAAGAGUUUUGGAUCCAAAUGGUGUAAAAUCUCCAAGCUGCUUCAAAAUAGACCGGUAUUAAAUUUAAAUAUUUAGGAAAAUGUUAUCAAAAAUAGAUUCUAUUCUUACCUACGAAAGCAAUAUUUGAAAAUAGAUAAUCCAUACUAUGUAAUACCUCAACAAAAUUAAGAAGUCUCUCAUUCAAUCCCCCAGAAUUAAGGGUGCAAACAAAGCAAAAAAAAGAAGUUACAUAAAAAAGUAUAUUUAUAUAUCUUAAACGUUACUUAAGUUGUCACAAUAAAUAGAAAAUACAGAGAACAACAAUGAAUAGAAUAAAUAAAGUUACUGUGGGGAUGUACAUAGUAAAAUAUCCAAAAAAUCUUAUAAAAAAAUUAAUAAAAGGUUCCCUUAGGCAUCCAAUUGUAAACAAUAUUAAGAAUACUGUAGCGAUUAUAAAAAUUAGCGAAUAGCUGGAGGGUUUUUAAAUGAACCCUUUGAAAUAGUUAAAGAAGAAUAAUAAUAAGAAAAUUAGUAUUAUCAUCCAAUCCUGCAUAAGGAUAAUUUAGAACAACUACCAGCUAAUUAUUAUUCAACUUCUUUUACUUUAAAUGCUAUAUAACCUUAUAAAAUAAUAUAUUGCUACCCCCCUUAGUUUGGAACACCUUACAUUCCGCCAUAUUUUAUGGAAAAUCAAAUGAUAUAAUAUGAAGUGGCAAAUCAAGAAGCAUUACUAUAAAGGUCUCAGGAUAACUAAAAGAACCAUUAAAAUUAAUGA